AAGUUCAAUUACACUAAUUAAUCUCAUGGGGAAUAGAGAAGUUCUUGUGGUUGCAUUCUUCAUAAGAUCCAUAUAUGGAGGUGUGCAGAUAGUAACCAAAAUCGCAUUCAAUAGAGGCAUGAGCACAACUGUUUUUGUUUUCUACAGGCAUGCAAUUGCUAUUUUAUUCCUAGUUCCAGUUGCUUUUGUGGUAGAAAGGAAAACUGCUCCACCGUUGUCAUACAAAAUCUUGCUAAAAUUAUUUGUGCAUGCAUUAUAUGGAAUUGCUGGGUCAGUAAACAUAUAUGGCCUUGGUCUUAGUUAUUCUUCAGCAACAUCAUCAUCUGCAAUAUCUAACCUUCUACCAGUGUUGGCCUUCUUCUUGGCAGUUCUUAUGGGGAUGGAGUCUUUAAACUUGAAGAGGAUCCAUGGGAUUGCAAAAGUUUUUGGUGUACUCUUCUCCAUUGUUGGUGUUAUCAUACUCGCAUUUUACCAGGGACCUGAAUUGAAGUCUCUGAACCUUCAGCAUCUUUCUAGUCGAAAUGUCGUCCCUACUGGGAGUACUGCCUAUACUACAAAGGCAUGGACAUCAGGGAUCUUUUUAACAGUUUUAUCUACAACAUCUUGGGCUCUUUGGACAGUUCUUCAGGGCCUUAUGUUGGAGGUGUAUCCCUCUAAGCUACUCAACACAACUAUCCAGAUGGUCUUUGCAACCAUUCAGUGUUUCUUCAUUGCUCUAGCAGUCGAAAGAGAUUUUUCGCGGUGGAAGCUGGGACUAGAUGCAGGUCUUAUCGCCGUGAUUUAUUCAGGUGCACUUGUGUCUGGACUUGCAUACUACAUGCAAGUAUGGGUGAUUGACAAGAGUGGACCGGUUUUCUUGGCAAUGACAAUGCCCAUAACUCUGAUUGUCACAAUAGUGCUCUCCUCAUUUGUCUUGGGAGAAGCAGUCACCCUGGGAAGCAUAAUAAGUGGAGUGGUGAUGGUUGGCGGUCUCUACUGCGUUCUUUGGGCCAAGAAAGCUGAACAAGCAAUUGCCAGCAAGGAAGAAGCUACACUCCCAGUUCAGGCUACACAAGUCUAGACCAGAUUAUUUUCUCAUGGACCUAUCUUAAUAGUCAAUAACAGUUUAUGUGUUGUGUGUUUUCUUCUGCCCAAUCAAUUGGAGAGAGAGGAACUGCCUGUAGCUGACCUUUGUGCAUUAUAUAAAGAAACUAACCUGUGUGUUUCUGGAGUGAUA